AUCAUGACUCCAGCUUUCUUCCUCCUCAUCUUCCUCUCAGUGGCAGAUGUUUCUCUGAAUACACCAACUGCAGCUCAAGACCCAACUGAUGGAUCUAUGUUCAUCCCUAAAGUCAUCUCAAUACCUGAGGCUGACCUAAUCACAAAAAUCUCUAUAGUGCAUGGGGAUAUUGCUGUACUGAACGAUUCACUCAAGAACGCAGACCCAUGCACUGCUAAAGGCUGCAAGUGGCCCAAAUCUGGAAACAAUGUCUACAUCCCAUAUGAAAUCUCUUCUGUGUACACUCACACAGAAUCUAACAUCAUCCUUGAAGGGCUUAAGAGCUUUGAGUGGUCCACCUGCAUACGCUUUGUCCCGAAGACUUCAAAAGAUCGUGAUUACAUCUACUUUGAAUCACAAGAAGGGUGCUGGUCCUUUGUUGGCCGUCAGGGUCAAAAGCAGUACCUCUCCCUGCAGAGAAGGGGUUGUCUGUACUAUGGCACAGUGCAGCACGAGGUUCUUCAUGCUCUGGGCUUCCAUCAUGAGCAGUGCCGCUCUGACAGAGACAAAUACAUUCGAGUUUACACCAAGAACAUUAUAAAAGGAGAAAAAGACAGCUUCAGAAAGGUGCCAACAAACAACUUGGAAACGCCCUACGACUUCUUCUCUGUCAUGCAGUACAGCAGGUAA